CCAUUAUUAUUAAACUCGCCAUGCAACAACGUAAUUGAAAGAAAAGAAAAGAACAGAACAACAAAUAGGACAGCAACAAAAGGGGAAGUCACUCUGAAGUGGUUUUUUUUCUUUUUGAGAGUUGUCAAUUUCAUUCGGAUUGUGGUGUGAGGUGUUGGUUGGUUGGUGAUCAUUAUUAUCUCGGUUACGUAAAACCAAACAUCACCAAAUAAAAACAGAAGGACGAAUUUUCUGUUUUUUUUUCUUCUUUCGUUUUUCAUUCCUACAUUACAUUCCUUCACAUUCCUCAGCUGUUUCUUCACAUGAUCCGAUCUUGACAAGAUGCCGAACGUAGAAAUGAAAUUCAGUUACCAUCACGUUGUCAUAUUCUGUUUGACAUUUUUAAGUUAUUCAUUUUUCCAUGCAACUCGUAAAACUCUCAGCAAUGUCAAAUCUUCCAUCUCAGAUGAAUGGACAAUUGAAGGGUUCUUCAAAAGCAACAGAACCCAUCUCAGGAUCUUGCCUAAUGAAACAUGGAACAGUCGUUCUGUAUUCGAACAGAAGGAAGCAGAUAUUUUCCUCGGUUACAUGGACACCAGUUUUAUGCUGUUUUAUGCUUUCGGUUUGUUUCUGUCUGGUUACCUUGGAGACAAAUUUGAACUCCGGAAAGUUCUGUCAUUUGGAAUGUUCAGCAGUGGUAUCGUGGUUCUUUGCUUUGGCUAUGUCACCGAAGUAACACACACAUACAAAAAAUAUUUAUAUAUGAUUCUGAUGGUACUCAAUGGUCUUCUGCAGUCUUUGGGGUGGCCAUGUGUUGUUGCUAUUAUGGGAAACUGGUUUGGAAAAUCAAGCCGUGGUUUUAUCUUGGGUCUCUGGAGCUCUUGUGCCUCUGUGGGUAACAUCAUCGGUGCCCUAGUCACUGCACGUGUACUAAAGUAUGGCUAUGAGUAUUCUUUUCUAAUUACAUCCACAUUUUUGAUUGGACUUGCAAUUAUCAACUUCUUUAGCUUGAUCAGUUCUCCAGCAGAUUUACUAAGAUCCAGGAAAUACGUCUAUGAACCAAUUGUAGAUGCUAAUGAAGAUGUUAUGUCCCCACAUUGUUCUUACACUGAGAGUGAUGUUAUGUCCCCACAUUGUUCUUACACUGAGAGUGAUGUUAUGGCCCCACAUUGUUCUUACACUGAGAGUGAUGUUAUGUCCCCACAUUGUUCUUACACUGAGAGUGAUCCUCUACUUCCGGAAGAGAUUCCUGAAGAAGAGGAUGAAGACAAAGAUGAAGCUAUAAGAUUUUUGGAUGCCUUCAUGUUGCCUGGGGUUCUUUUGUGUGCCUUUGCGUAUGCCUUCCUGAAGCUGGUGAAUUACUCUUUCUUCUUUUGGUUACCCCUCUACCUUGACCGCAACUUCCACUGGUCAGAGGAUACGGCAGACAAGAUAUCUAUCUGGUAUGACGUUGGUGGUAUUAUAGGUGGAACUGUUGCAGGAUAUGUAUCUGAUCGUAUUGGGAGACGAGGAAUCGUAGUUGUACCGAUGUUGAUUUUCGCUAUACCAUCUCUUGUUCUCUAUUCCUACCUGCCGACCAGUGUCAGUAAAAAUAUGAAUGCAUUUAUCCUGUCGAUUUGUGGCUUAUUUAUUGGCGGUGUUGCUAGUUUGAUUAGUGCUGCCAUCUCUGCUGAUCUAGGACAGCAGAAGACGUUGUCAAAAAACAAGCGGGCUCUUGCAACAGUCACAGGUAUCAUUGAUGGAACAGGUAGUCUCGGUGCAGCUAUUGGACAGGUUACCCUACCUUACAUUGAGACCGCAUACAACUGGGAAUGGGUCUUCUACAUGUUUGUGAUCAUGACUGUACUCACGAUCGCUUGCCUAAUGCCAAUGUUUAUCCGAGACGCAAGAGAAACCUUGCCGUGUUGUAAACGACGCAAUAACACAGAUGCUGAAGUAUCCGUAGACCCUCCGGUUCGUGAGAGACAAAACACUGCCCCUUACAGUGAUCCUCCACCCUCAUACGAUGAAAUUUCAUGAAAAGAAAUAUGGAAACAAAAAACUCAAAAAAAAAAAUGAAAUAAAAAAACCCAGCUGCUCAGAAAAAAGGAAAAAGGACAAUUACAAACCCACAACGUGAAAAUGACUAUAUAUUUUGAAUUGCAAAGAAAAUUUCUGAAGACAAACAACGUCUGUCACAAAGAUAAAUAGAUUGGGAAAAAAACACAACGAAAUAUCAAAAUAUUAAUCAUAUCUAUUGGGGAA